AUGACUGAUGUGCCUGCGGAAACGGUGACGGUGCUGGCUGAAGCGGUAGCAGUGCUUGCCGACGCGGUAAUGGUGCUGGCGCUCGUGGUCGAUGGUGAGCUUAUGCUGCUCAGGAACGAUUCGCUAGACGAGGCAGAGCUGCCCACAGAUGAGGCGGCUCCGCUGGAAGACAGCUCAGAGCUGCCGGCAGACGAUGGAGUCGAAGCCGGGGAGCUGGCGGCAGAGGAGCUGGAAGUGACAAUAAGCGUCGGCUGGUUGAUAUCGCCAGAAACGGUUGUUGUAGUGGUGCUCGACAAUAUCGGAGCCGCUCCACAUCCUGACUCACCCGGGAAAGAGGCUAGCGCGCAGUCGAAGGUGGUGCUGGUGCUGGUGCUAGUGAGAAUCGGUGCUACACCGCAGCCAGACUCGCCAGGAAACGAAGCUUGGGCGCAGUCAAAGGUUGUACUCGAAUUCGCGAAGGGUGCGGUCACGAAGGAGGUCGUAGUCGAGCUGGGUGGUGUGGUCGUAGACUCUGUCGUGGUCGUGGUAGUUGAGGCGGCGCCAGGUCCAACAUUGUUCGAAGCGGAUUGUCCAGCGGUGGCGCUGGGAUAG